AGAAUGUAUAUGUAAUUAUGUAUGAUAAUUUUCUAACCCCCACGUUUGUUUACUAGUUGUUUUUCAAUGACUUAAAAGAUUUAAUUACAAAAUGUUUCAAGCAGUUUUAAAGCGGUGUUUACUUCCGUCGCAUUUGAAAGUUUUAAGUGUAGUCCGCUCAGCUACUAUAAGAAGAAUUCAUGUGACUCCAGCUUUAAAACACGGCGAAUACGAGUGGCAGGACCCCAAGUCAGAGGAAGAGGUUGUAAAUAUUGUAUACGUAACUAAGGACGGUAAAAAACACCCAAUAAGAGGCAAGGUCGGCGACAACGUGUUGUAUUUAGCUCAUAGAUAUGGAAUCGAAAUGGAAGGAGCAUGUGAAGCGUCACUAGCAUGUACAACCUGUCACGUAUAUGUCAAUGAGAAUUAUCUGGACCAGCUACCGCCUUCUGAAGAGAAGGAAGAUGAUUUACUGGACAUGGCGCCAUUUUUGAAAGAGAAUUCUAGAUUAGGUUGUCAAAUUAUACUAACCAAAGACCUGGAAGGCAUGGAACUACAACUACCAAAAGCAACAAGGAACUUCUAUGUAGAUGGACACACGCCCACACCUCACUGAGUCAGUGUGCAAACUUCAUGGUGCAGGAUUUAAUGUCCGUCUGAGCUGACUCUGCAUCAACUUGGCAAGCAACAAAGUGUUGAAGCAGUACAUAAAACAUGUUAUUGUGCACUCCUACACUUUGGCGCUGCCACGUUUGUGUACAGUUCGCUUAGAUAAAGUAAGGACGCUAAGCACAAAUAAUUUUGUACAUUGAUCCGCCUGUUAUCUUUCGUACGCGCCGCCCGCUGGCAUUACGGGCGGUACAGCAAUAUAAUUAGACGCGUACGAAUAGAGAUAGAAACAGGUAGGUCUUUGUACGAAAUUAUUCGUGAAAAGCGUUACUUUAGAUUAGUGAUGAUCAAUAAUGUAUGGCAUAGAAAAACUUCAAACUGUCAAAUAAGUAACCACUGUCGUGGCGUAUACUACUGUUGCACACAUAAGGAGAUUCAAAAUCAGCAUAGUUAUGAUAUGUUUAAGUACAAAUAGUAACUUGACACAUUCAUAAUUACUUUUUAUUUUUGAAAUUUAGCCAAGUUGUAAAGAAUAAUAAAAGCACCUAAAAUUAAGUCAUCCUAAUAAAACUUGAAAACCUUAACUACAUUUUCAAUAAGUUAUUAAUAUUUAUAAUCGAGUCACAAUUUGUAUUUUGACUUCAAAUAUAUAUGUUGAACAUUUUUCCAUGAAUUACAAUGGAAUCAGGUCCAAAAGUAUACAUCAGGUACAUAUUUUUACUGAGUUAAAUGAAAAUGUUUUGGCAAAGCCAUUUAUGUUGCUUAAAAUUAAAUGGAAUUUAUGUUUCUGUUGUUAA